CAGUGGGGAGGCAGAGAGUCCAGCAGCUCUGUUCAGGACUGUAAGAAUGACACAGCAAGAAUUUCUAUAGGGUAAGAAAGGAGAGGAUUCCUCUAAUUCCUGCAGUCAAACUGAGUCUGGAAAAGUGAUCUGAGCUUACAUCUGAGCAUAGAGGUCACAAGCUUCCAGCUUUAUGUGUGACCCAAGAUUGUGCUUUCCAUGAAUGCACGUGGGUGCACAAAGCCCACCCCCUCCUCAAAAUGCAGCCAAUAGCAGCCGGCAGCUGUCAGAGGAAGAGCUGCGCUUAACCAAAGAAGAUCCAGGAUCUGGGGAGUAGCUCAGGCAUUACUGCUAGGAAGAACCACUAAGAUGAUAUUGAUAAAAAAUGCGACACCUUACACCUGGUACUGUUCCUCAAUGGAACAUGAGGUUGGUCAGAAGGUGACAGGACAUUCAACUCUUGAGUUAGAUGAAAGCUUCUUUGCUGGUGUCAUAAUGGUUGUAGAUUUGCUGUUUGGUCCGGUGAAACCCAGGGUCUACUUACGAUAUGAGGGUCAUUCCAGCUGGGACCUCAGAAGUAUCCCCAUCAUUGAUUUUCGUAACGAAUUCACUAUCAGAGAAAGUGAUGACCGCAAGCACUUCCAUCUGCUGACCGACCAUGUUGUUAUUAAUGACAGCUGCCCCAACUUUGGCCGAAUUGAAGAGGAAAAAAAAGAAAAGCAAAGACAACAGCAAAGAGAAGAGCAAGAAAAGAAAGAAAAGGAAGCACUUGAACAAGAAAGAAAGGAAAGAGAAAGACAAGAACGGGAAAGACUAGAGCAGGAAAGACAGGAGAGGGAAAGACAAGAGCAGGAAAGACUAGAGCAGGAAAGACGAGAAUGGGAAAGACUGGAAAGGAAAAGACGAGAGCAGGAAAGACUGGAGAGGAAAAGACGAGAAUGGGAAAGACAGGAGAGGGAAACACUAGAGCAGGCAAGACGAGAAUGGGAGAGACUGGAGAGGAAAAGACUAGAGCGGGAAAGACGAGAAUGGGAAAGACUAGAGCAGAAAAGACGAGAGCAAGAAAGACUAGAGCGGGAAAUACAAGAAUGGGUAAGACUGGAGAGAAAAAGACUAGAGCAGGAAAGACUAGAGCAGGAAAUACAAGAAUGGGUAAGACUGGAGAGGAAAAGACUAGAGCAGGAAAGACUAGAGCAGGAAAGACAAGAGCAAGUAAGACUAGAGCGGGAAAGACGAGAAUGGGAAAGACUGGAGAAGUUGAGGAGGCAAGAAGAAGAGGAAAGGCAACUGAUGGAGUUUGAGCGACUGCGUAGGAUCCAUGAACAGAUUGAGAAGGAAAACAAGGCAACCAGAAGAAACCUCUACAGGGCCCAGGAGAGGCUUCAAGAGAGACAGAUCCUUAAAUCUCAGGAACAGGAACAGGAACACACCCAGGUUAUCCACCAGCUCUUGGAUGAACAUGCAACCCCUGUUGACCACAAUGAACUCCAUGACGUCAGUGACAGAUUGACAGGCCUCUUGUCUGAGUACCAAAUCACAGAGAGUGAAAGGAUCUUUGACAACCUGGAAGACCGGAUGAAGACCCUUCAAAAUGUGCUGGCAUUAAACCACUUUGAAAGACAUCAAAUAUCCAUCAGCUCACUGUGGACCAUGGACCAGGCAACUGGAUAUGUGGACCUGUCUCUCACUGAGAAGUUUAACAUCUUGGAAGCGGUAAUAAUGGUCACCCUUAAUGAGAGGACUGAAUAUGAGGAUACAUCUAAAUUCGGACAGGACCAAAAGAUUGAAUUCCUCUUCAACUUACAAGAUCAGCUUUAUGACACGAAUCCAACACUAGCCAGGAAGGUAUUGGUCAAUGUCCUUGAUCUAACUUCACAGCUGCCUCAAGCUACAAGGGACAUUCUGAGUCUGAUCCUGUUCAAUAACAUCUGGACACCAAAAGAAAUCAAACUUUUCACAAGGAAAGCCUUGACCAUGAGUCAAGAAAUAGUCAAACAGACCCUCCAAAAAGCGUGCACCUACAGGGUAAACUGCAUUCUGACUCUCUCUUCACUUAAUUACGUAGAUCCAGCAAAGUACAUGAAACACAUUAUACUGAAUGAGAUGGAUAAAGACAUAGACACCAUCCUGAGUGAAAUGCGAGAAAAUAACUAUCCAGAGCAGACUCUGUCAGAACUGGAAGACAUUCUUAAAUAUGUGGAAGCAAAGUUGGCCGGACUUAGAGAUUCAGACAUCAACAAAAGUAUGAUUGAAGAUGGAAGAAAAAUGAUACAGUCCCUGGAUUUGUCCAAUCCUGAUCCUGAUACUCUAAAAAGAGUCCUGUUUGUGUUGUCUUUGGCUGUCAAAAAAUGCACUGCAUUCUUCAAUGAAAAAGGUGAAAAAGUUCAAGGCUACUUCCCCAGACUGACUCAGCUGACCUCACUGUUGUUACUGAUACUGCCACAGAUUCAGUCAAAGGGAGGGUGUCUCUUAGAAAUUGGGACUGGAGAGGGCAAAACUUGUAUUUUAGCCAUGUUUGCCACUAUUCAAGCACUUCAGGGGACAGCUGUGGACAUUGUAACAAGUUCUCCUUUGCUAGCAAUUCGUGAUCAGGAAGAGUGGGGGAAGUUAUACAGUAUGUUUGGAGUGACUUCCUCCACUGUGCCCCCACAAUUUGAAGGCAAAAAAUCUUCAGAGAACCAUGAAGACUUGCUGAAAUGUGCAUACUCAAUGAGAGUGGUUUAUGGUACUGUUAGCACCUUCGCAGCAGAUAUUCUGAGGCAGGACUUUGAGAAGACAACCACUCGAGGGCAGAGGAAGUGUGAAUGCGUGAUAGUGGAUGAAGUAGACUACAUGACACUGGACAGUGGAGUUCAAGUGACUUUCCUUUCUCACCAAGCCAGUGGACUGAGGCAUCUAGAACAAGUCCUGGCAGGUAUCUGGGCCAUGGUGUCAAACUGCCGACAAAUUGAGAUCUUUGAAACCGGAGACAUCUGGUGGACAACCAGAAUCCAGCACUUUCACAAAGCUGUGAAACAGGCUGUGACUGGAUCAAUAUCAGAAGAUGACAUUCUGUUGCGGCUUGCCAUGUUAAGCUCUUGUUCACAAGAUGACAUGGUUCAGUUAGAAAAAGCAAUCAAAAGACCACAAACAGAGCAUGGCAGCUCUGAAGAUGGAAACUGGAAAACCAUUGAAAAUAUUAUGGCCAAGAUUGGCACUGAAGAGCAGUAUCAUCUGCUAGGAGAGCUUGUGGCACAAGAAGGCAACAAUGUGGUUGUUGACUGUUAUUCACUCAUCGGCAACAAAGCCAAACUUCUUGGAGAAAGUUCUGACACAGACUCUAAUGUCAGCAUGCUUCUCCUGCCACAUGGGCGAUCCUGUGAGAUCUUGUCUGAGAAAUCACUCAUUCAAACAACUCUCAGAAACUUAAAGCCAAAGAUAAAAUACUCAGAUGAGUGCUCCUUAAAUUCACUGGAGAAAUCAGAAGGCUUUAUUGUAAUUCCAUUUGUUUUAAAAGAAUAUGUUGAGAAUCAGUUGCCAGUUUUUGCAGAAAACGCUCUAAGAGCCAUCAAAAUGACUCUGGGAAGAGAGUACAUGAUUGACAAAGCAACUGAAGCUGACAGUGUUCAGAGUCCUCAUCAUGAUGCAAUAAUUCCUUUGGACUUUCAAGCCAGUGGAGUUCUGGAAAAAAACAAACGCUGGGGAGAUGGCCUGCAGCAGUUCUUAGAGAUGAAACACCAGCUGGCAAUUUCACAACUGUCCAAUGUCACCAAUUUCAUGUCAAAUGUCCACUUCUUUAAAAGGUACCUCAAAGGAAAAGGCAUCUUUGGUGUCUCUGGGACACUCGGGGGCAAAGCUGAGAAAGCAUUUCUCAAACGACAAUACAAAACAGAAAGCUACAUCAUUCCAGCUCAUCGUCACAAAAAGCUGCUGGAGCUGCCAGCUGUUCAAGUGAGCGGAGGAAACACUUUGUGGGUCCAUGCGAUCUAUGAAUCUGCCUGGAGAGCUGCAGGCAGGGGACAAGUAGUAUUAAUUAUUUGUGAGGAUGUGAAGACUGCAAAUGAGCUGCAAACUGAAAUGCAUAAUCAAAGAAUAAAGCCUGAGCAGAUCACCAUGUACACAAUCAGUGAAAAACACAACAUAGAGAAGAAGAACUUCCGUCCGGGAAACAUCAUUAUUGCCACAAACCUCGGUGGACGAGGAACGGACAUACACAUUCAGCAGGAGGUCAACGAGUGUGGGGGACUCUUAGUUCUUCUCACAUACUUCCCUGCAAGUCAACGAGUGGAGAGACAGAUCUUUGGCCGCACUGCCCGAAAGGGCAACCCAGGAAUGGUGCAGUUGAUCCUCAACCAAGACUGUCUUGAACCAGCUUACCAAGGCCAAUCAGUGGAGACCAUGAGACUGCUCAGAGAGCUGCAUGAGAUCAAGCGGUUGGAAGGCAUGGAGAAGCAUGAGCUGCUAGAAAUUGAAAUAAAAGAAGAUCUCUUUUCUAGGUUUUGUGAGUUUCUCUGUGACUUUGACAAAAAUUACUCAGCAGAAGAGAGGAGUGACAUCACACAAAAGAGGAUAAAAGAUGUUCCUGCAUGUUUUAAGAUCCAUAAAAAGAAAUGUGACUAUAAGAUUGCGCUCAAUGCUUUGAAAGAAUCGUGGGCAUUGUGGCUCAUUCUCCAUGAAGAUGACAUCAGCAGGCUUGACUACAACAACACAUUGAGAGAAGACCUUACCAGAGACUUACGGAACACUGCUGAGCACCUCCUGCAGGGAACAAAUACCAACUUUUAUGACUACAUGAAAAUUGCCAAAGGCAGAACCAUCCUGCAUCGCCUCAAGAAGGAAAGUGACUAUGGAGCAUUGACAUACUGGCAAAGGGCUGCAGAGAGGGAUCCUUUCUACAGUGCUGUGGCAUUUUAUAACCAAGCUUACAUCACAAUCAACCUGCAAAAGAGAAACUACUUAUCAAGCGCAAGAUGGUUUCUGAAGAAAGCAAACACAGGAGUGGAUGUGUACUUGUCAGAAACAGCAAACACUAUGGCUUUUUGCAAUUUGUCAGUAACAAAGGAUUUUGUAGCUCACCACAAAGACUGCAACCUGCAGAGUCAAAUGAAUGCCCGCAUGAGUGCUUUUAGAACUUGGAAAGGCCACAUGGAAAAUGCUCUGAAAAUUCUGGAGGAGCUGGAAAAAAGCAAUGGUCAGGCAAUCGUGGAGGACUCUAGCAUCUACAGUCUGGCAAAAAACAGAGAUUUCAUUAGCACGCAAGAGUUGAUGGUCCUUCAUGAGUUUGGCCUCUGCAUUGUGUUUGAUGUGAAGAAGAAGCCAGAAUUCUCCAUUGAUGCCUUUCUGUGCUUCUGUCUUGGUGCUCUUCAGGUGGCUGCAGGUGUUUUGGUUUUGACUCUGUCAUAUGGGGCUGCCAGUCAGUUUGGAUUUGGGCUGAUCAGUGAGGGGGUGUCAGACAUGAUUCAAGGGAUCAAAGGCAUGAUGCAAGGAGGUUUUGACUGGGCAGAGUGGGCAGUUUCCAAGGCCAUUAGCAUUGGAGUAUCUCUGGUGUUUGGAGGUCUUGGCCGACUUAAAAAUGCUGCUGGUGCCGUGCGCAACGGUGCUAAAGGCCUUAUGGCCGGAGCCAAGCAUACCACUGGAUUCACAGUGAAACAGUGUUUCAAACAAGCUACAAAGUACACAGUCCAGGAGCUGACCAAGCAAGGUUGCAUCAAUGUUCUGAGCUCUGUUGCUGACUCUGCACUUGCAGAUUUUUUCAAAAAGAUCCUGAAAAAGGCUUUUAUGAACAAGACAAUGUAUUUAGUCAGAGCCAAUGAGCAGCUGGAUAAUGUUCUCACUAGCUUCAUCUGCUCCACAAUACCAAAGACGGCCAUUGACCAGGGGUUCAGUGACUUCAAAAUAGAAAGAGGAUGCGAGGAACAAAUACGCCAGUCAGUGGAUGUGCUGACAAAAAGCACAAUUCCUGACCUCAUGAUGGACUGUACCAGGAUUACAAAGGUUCUCAAUACCCUUUCAGAUGUUUGUGGUUCUGUAAGACAUCACAUAGAGAACCAAAAGAGAGUUAAAAACGUGAUGGUGAUUCUGAACACUGCUAAAUACGUCACAAUGUUUGUGGAAAUGUUUAGCUCCUUUCCCACUGAGGAUGUCAUCAACACCAAAUUUGUGCCUCAGUUCCUGCUCAGUAUGAAGGAUCUACCACAGAACAAGCAUGAUCUGGAUGAAUGGCACCAUUUAUCAGAUGUGAGGCGACUCAAAGAUGAACUCAUCAGCAUCAUAGCACUUACUGUUUCUGAUGCCUUGGUUGAGGCUUGUGGCAAACGAAUGACCUCCCUGGUGACCAACAGCUGUAUGAAUGCAGUAAACCACGUAGCUGGUUCUGCUGUCAGCAAUUUACUUGGCAGGACUGACACCCAGAGCUUCUUUGAAACACAACACUACAAACAUCAGCUGAACAAAGUCAUCCAGCGCCCUUCAACGAUUGAGACUGAUAAGAAGACCUGUGAUCAUUAUGUUGAGGAAGUCGGGAAUGUUAACCGCCCUGCUACGGCUCUGGACAUCCAUGUGCUCACUGAGAGUGGCGCUCUGCAAGGCAAAGGCAUCAGAGUGAUUGUGGUGGACAAGCAUGGCAAAAAGGUUUCAGAAGAUUAUUAUCCAGGGAAGAACAGCUCUGCUGGAGACAUCAAGCUUCAACUAAAAAAGAUCCCUGAAAAUCAGCAGCAGAAUGAGGAAUUCAUCUCAAAGGUGAAAAAAAGGAUCCAUGGUGAGCAGAGCCUCUACAGUGGACAUUUUGAAGUUGUGGGUCCACAUGGCUCUGUGAUACCAGUCCAUUCAGAGAACCAGGAGUGUCUGUAUCAUGCUGUUGCCCAGGCCAUCAGACCAGACUGCAAAGACCUCAGACAGGAGGCACUGAUCCUUCGAGGCAAAGUCCAGGCCUCACUUCAGCAGAACCCGUCCAGAUACGUAGCUGCUGUGAAGCUGCAGAAAGGCUAUGAAGAAACAUCUGCACUGUCCUCAAAAUAUGCCAUUGCGGGAGGAGGACUAAAAAAGCAGCAGGAGGCCAAAAGACAGCUAAUGGACAUGAUCAACACAAGAGACGUGCAGGAUUUAACUGAAGAUGAACUCAACCUCAUCAAGACGUACAACCUCGGUCUGGUCGGGAAGAUCCAUGACAUCAAAGGUGUCCGGAGGACCAGCGGCUCCAUCUCCGACAAGAACAGCAGCUCUGCUGUGAACGCAGAUCACAUCCCUCCCGUCAACACCUUCCAGAUAGCUCACAAAGAGUUAACGAAGCCUGAAAACAGAGACCUGAAGGAGAAGCUCCAAAACCAACACCCAAGACUUUAUGAGAUGAUUGAUGUAAAAGGAAACCGGGGGCUCUGCAGAGAAGUUCUCACACAGCACCACAUGCAGGUCCUGACCACCGGAAACAGCAAACAGGCUCAAAAAGUCAGGGAGAAGCUUGCUGACGUUCUUCUUCAGGGUGAGAAAGUCAAACUGAUGAAGAUGUCACUGAUUGUAUCCAACCCUGAGAUGUCAGAGUGUCUGAGAAGGGAUGCAGACAUCCAGACCUCUAAACGGGGGCAGAACAUUUUGUCCAAGGAAGCCACCAGAAGAUACCACGACACUGGAGGACAACUGUUGCUGCAGGAAUAUCAGAAUAUGGGGGUGAUAGGGCAGAGGGAGGGACAAGAACUCCUGCAGUGGCAGAGAGAGCAGCUCUACUCCAAGAAUACUCCGGAAUAUAAAGAACUCCUGAAAGCACUAAAACCGAAGACUUUUGAUCAAAAUCUCUGAAGCUGAAAGCUCUGCAUGACAGUCCUAACAUGGAUCUGCAGCUAGUUUGUUAGCAGCAUAUUACUAUACACAUCUGAGUUAACCACUGGUAUGUGUGUAUGCAUUUGUGUGUCUUUUACUCCAUAUGUCAUUAACAUUGACUGUAUAUGAGAACUGGACUGAGUGACCCCUCCCCCCUAACGUUCCAAACAGGAAGUACCCGCUGGUUCCAAGAAGCUAAAAUCUCAUAGACUUCUUUAGAGAAAUAAACAGCUGUCACUCAUAAUCCUUGUUUUGUUUUUUUCUUCUCCCCUUUUAUCCUCAAAGAAAAAGUUAAAAACUAACCAAUCAGAUGCCUCAAAAAAGAAGGUGGUUUCAUGUCGAACAGUUUCUCCUGAGUCUACUUUCAUUGGUACGGGUGUGGCCUUAGAUCAAGCUCACUCUUACUGGUGAGAGUGGUUGCCAUGGAAACGAUGACUAAGACCGACUCGAACUAAUGACUGCCCACUGAUGUCAUCUGGCUCAGAUGUGGCGGCGUCCAUACUGUGAGAAAAAUGGCAACUGAAUUGACUUCAUUUGGUUGUAGCCAGAAGUCAUUUUCUGUGAGUGAUGGCACACUCACUCAGUCCAUGCACAGUCAAUGACUGCUAAAUUGCAAUGUACCAUUUAAUCCAUGACUUCAUCUAAUUUAGUAUCACCUUGAACAUAAAAAACACUAAGGAAUAUUUAUUUUGAAUAAUUGGAAAUAAAUUUUAGCAUGAAUUUGUUAAUCAAUAAAUGCUUUUUGUGGAUCAGACUCUGUUGUUGCAGUUGAUCUUUUAAUCUCUAGGGAAUUGAGAAUCUAAAAAUAGAAAUGUGUGACUCAAUAAACUC